AUGGAUGACAUUGCCAGUGUGCCUUGUGCCGAAUUCAACCAAUUUAAGCAGGUCAUUGGCGAGCUGCGCACGCUCGACGAUCGUUUGACCCACAAGCUGAACACCACCGUGCCCACGGCCAGCAACGUGGACGAUGUGGAUGCUCGAGCCAACUGCACCAAGCUGUGGGAGCAGAUGACUCAAGCUCACGACCGCCGUACUGCGGCCCUGGAGCGCUGCCUCACCGAGAUCAACGCGGACAUUAUCAACCUGAAGCAAGCCUUGGGAACCGAGGACCGCGACAUGCGCGCUAGCCAGGGCAAGGUAUGUAGCACAACCAUUGCUCGAAAUGCUCCUGCAGAUGUUUGGACACGUGUGUGUGUGUGUGUGUGUGUGUGUGUGUGUGUGUGUGUGUGCGCGCGCGUGAUAACUGCAAUUUUGCGCGAGAAGCAAGGUCUAGCCCGCGAGAUUAAGCGUGAACUCGUGGCAGAGGAAAUUUUGCAGGAACAAACGACCAAGGUCUUCAAGGACCGCUGCGGUCGCUAUUACACCCCACCACGAUAA